GUUUAACGGGAGUGGAAGGGAAAAGGGGAACCCUGAGCUUCUCUAAGAGAUACACACACAGCAUUUAGCUCUACAAGACACAGGAGCAUCCUUCAUCCUGCAUCCUGAAAACAGCUGGCUCAUACCCUAAAGAUGGAGGCGAGAACUGAUAGUGGAGCCACAGUGAGUGACAGUCCAUCAGGCCCGCUGACCAGCCAAGAGCUGGCUGCCAUUGAGGAUGAAGAGGUUUUAAAUAACAUGCUGGAUAAGGCAGUGGAUUUUGAGGAGAGACGCAUGAUACGAGCUGCGUUGAGGGAGGUGCUCAAGAAAAAGAGAGAGAAGCGGGAGAAGGAGCGAGGGUCGCGGCAGCAGGACCUGAAACAGCAGACCUUAAACAAAGGAGGAGCAACAGGUGUGGCCACAAGCAUAGGCAGAGGGUCCAUGUACCAGCAGCCACCGCUGCACAAGACAACAGGCCAGUCCUCUCCAUCAUCUUCAAGCCCCAUUAACAAGACAGCUAGCAGCAAGGCCACUCCAACUGUAGCCUCUGCCCAGAAAUGUCCUGCCGCCGCAGCCCCCAAUACUAAAAAUGUCAAACAGAUGCUACUAGACUGGUGCAGAGCCAAAACAGAGCCUUAUGAGGGGGUAAAUAUCCAAAACUUCUCCUCAAGUUGGAGCGAUGGCAUAGCUUUCUGUGCCUUGGUGCACCGCUUCUUCCCUGAUGCCUUUGAGUACUCUAUCCUCAAUCCCAACAAGCGCAGGGACAACUUCCAGCUGGCCUUCAGCACUGCAGAGAAGCUGGCAGAUUGCCCCCCUCUGCUGGACGUUGAUGACUUACUCCGGAUGGACGAGCCGGACUGGAAGUGUGUGUACACAUACAUCCAGGAGUUCUACCGCUGCCUUGUGGAGAAAGGCCUGGUGAAAACCAAAAAGCGAGUUUAGACUCUGAAACAUGCUUUUGUGAUUGACUGUGAUGCCAGCUUAAUAAGAAUAUUUACAUUUUUGCCUCUAAUAAUAGGCCCUCUUUGCCACAAAAGAUCUAUUUUACAGGGUGAUGUGCCUAGUUAGCGCAUCAUUUGAACUGUAAUCCAGGGUGCCUUAUGUAUUGGUUUAUGUGUUAGUCAGUGCUUAUUGAUGUCUAUGUGUUCCCAGUGGACAGCUGGCACUUAGGAUCAGUGCAUUCCACUCAGAUUACACAUCUACAUUAAUCUCAGUCAUUGAGAAUCUGGGAAUGGCUUUUAUGGUAUUGCUGCGCGAGGCCUGUUCUCACUAAAACCCAGUGUGCAAGUAUUAAAGGCACGUUGAAUAAAUAUCAUGUGUUGUAUGAUGUGUGGUAUUGGUCAGGCUCUGUGUCAUUUUUAAAAAAGGAGCACAAUUCUUGGCAAAUCAAAGUAAAAUGGUAGGUAUCAAAGGGAGCUGUCAAGAUAUUCAUAUUUCUAAG